AUGACCCAUCACAAUCUUCAUUUGAAACAGUCAAAUGAGCAACAACAUACGCUCCGUUAUAGGAGUCGUUUUAUGAAUGAACGAGCUGUUAACAAACCAUAUGUGCCAACUGUACAUGAACAUGUAGCCAAUUGUCUAACACAUGGGUUUCUUGUUAUUCCUGCAUGUAUCGCUGCACAAGUUCUCAUAUCAAAUUCUGUGACAUCUGUACAAUAUUGGAGUAGUAUUAUUUAUGGUAGCGCAUUGAUAAUGUUAUUUUCAUUUUCGACUGUUUUUCAUUGUUCAUGUUUUUAUCCGGGAUUACGGCUUUUAAUUCGUACAACGAAAAGUGUGACUGCAACAUGUACCAUUUCUAUCGUAUGGUCGAUGGCUGUACUAGGAAUACUUUAUCAAAUGGUUUAUCACGAGAGGUAUAAAUGGUUAGAAACAUGUUUUUAUGUGUCAGUCGGUGUGCUUCCAGCUGUUGUCAUCAUGGAUAUUGAGGAUCGUGGGGGUAUUCUAGAAUUAGCGUACGGUGGACUUGUAUUUUUAUUGGGAAUUAUAUUUUUCAAAGCUGAUGGUCUUAUCCCGUUUGCUCAUGCCAUAUGGCAUUGUUUUGUAUUUUUUGGUGCGUCAAUUCAUUAUUACGCCAUUUAUUCUUAUUUAUUAUCACCUCUGAAUAAUACCAAUGCGAAUGAUGAUGAGACAAUCAAUGAUAUAAUUAAAGAAUCAAUUAGUUGA